GCGGAUCCAUCCUCAGACAAAUCAAAAAUGUUUUGGGCGAGGCUGAAUUCCAGACGGCAAUCCGACAAUAUCUGACCGACAUGCAGCAUGCUUCGGCUGUACCAGAUGACCUCUUUGAGAAGUUUAAGGAUAACAACAAACCAGACAUUACACUACUUGAAAAUGAGGACAAUUUGGAAGCAGUUCUACAUAAUUGGAUGGAUAAACCUGGUUAUCCUGUUAUCACGGUCGUAAAGAGUGGCAAAAAUAUAAAACUUACACAGUCACGUUUCCUGUUUUCAACUGAUGCGACGGCACAAGCUGUUAAGUACGACGUGUAUCUGACCUGGAAGACCGACACAGAUACUGGAAGCGCUCCAACGCAACCUUCCCGACCACAGGCUUGGCUUAGGAGUUCCGACCAGGACAAAGAAAUAGAGCUUGGCGAUAAUUGGUCCUGGGUGAUACUG